AUGCUAUCGAAUACGGAGUACUACGAAGAAAUUCCAAACAACAACGACAAAAAAACAAUGCAAAAAAUUAAGAAUCUUUUGAAACGCCAUAAAACUACAUCAAGUUUAACAGAGAAAGAGGAAGACUUCUUAACGAAUUAUGAAUACAGUGAAAGCAUUUUUUAUGGACUACCAAAGAUUCAUAAAUCUAGACAAAUAAAAGAGGCUAUCAAAUCCCAGUGCUCGGAAUACAUAAUCUGUCCCUAUCCAGAAGAUCUCACAUUUCGACCAAUAGUAGGUGGGCCAUCGGCACCAACACAGAGACUUAGUCAUCUACUAGACAUUCUUCUAAAACCGUUAUGUUCUGGAGUCAAAAGUUAUGUACGAGAUGACUUUGAUUUUCUACGUCAUUUACCCGAGAAAGUGGAAAAUAACAGUGAACUCGUUACACUGGAUGUAAUAAACUUGUACAGCAAUAUAUCAAGUUCCCUAGGACUAGAAGCCGUGGAUUACUGGAUAAGUAAAAAUCCCGAAAAAAUUAACGGCAGAUUUACAAAGGAUUUUAUAUCAGAAGCAACAGAAAUAGUACUAUCAAAUAAUACAUUCGCGUUUAAUGGAAAACAUUUUAAACAAAUAAAAGGAACGGCUAUGGGCACAAAGAUGGCCCCUACAUAUGCCACAUUAACAUUAGGAUACUUAGAAGAAAAAAUGUAUAAGAAAGUGGAAGAGCAGUUCAACGAAGAGGUGAAACUUUAUAUUACUAACAACUGGAAAAGAUAUCUGGACGACUGUUUUAUUGUUUGGAAAUACAGUAACAACGAAUUGUCUACCUUUAAAACAUUACUGAAUGAACUUAAUCCUGAUAUAAGAUUUACAGCGGAGGAAAGUACAGAUAGAAUUCCAUUUCUGGACAUCAUGGUAAUUAAGGAAAACGAUGUCAUUUUGACAGAUAUCUAUUACAAGCCAACAGACACGCAUCAGUACCUUCAUUUUAAUUCGUGCCAUCCACGGCAUACAAAACGAGCCAUCCCUUAUAAUUUAGCAAGGAGAAUAUGCACCAUCGUAAAUAAGGAAACAACCAAAAUACAAAGACUACAAGAACUGAAAGAGUAUUAA